AUGCCAACGAACUUCACUGACAUUUUGCAGGGCGAGAUCUAUGAGAAGAUCAUCCAAGAAGUCAUCAACGCUUCGCAGAACGACUUUGAGGAGAAUGGUGUCCAGCAGCAGACCUUGAUGGAACUGCAACAGUCAUGGCAGCACAAGAUGUCGCAGCGCGAUGUCGCGCAGAUGCCUUGGGACCCCAAGCCGGCUCCACCACCGCCUCAACAACCGCUUCAACAGCAGCAAGCACCACAACCUGCUCCAGCACCCCUCCCUGUGCAGAAUGGAGCUCCUGUCCAGCACCAAGCUCCCCAGAACGGACAUGCACAGCCCAAGCCUGAACCUGGCUCGAAUUCUCAGCCUAUGCACAACUACNCCCCUGCUCAGCAAGGCUAUCCUCAGCAGGUGAACAACCAGAUGAUGGCGCAGCAACGUGCUGCGUCACUUCUCCAGCAACAGUUCGGUCAACAAGCCAAUGCUUCACUCAACGCCAUGCAGCAGAGAGGUAUUGCUCUUCCUGGAGGCGUCCAGAACGCUCAUCCCCAGCAACAGCCACAACAACAGCAACAGCAACAAAGACCGCAAGGCUUGCAAUUGCCCGCACAAGCUGGACAGGCUGCUGCGCAGCCUGCACAGGCUCAACAGCAACGCCAGAUGCAGGCUCAGUAUGCUCAGCAAAUGCGUCAACAGACUGCUCAUCAGCAGCCUCAAGUCAAGGCUGAGGGCAAUGGUCAAUACCCUCAACAACAUGGUGUCAGCUACUCGCAGACAGAUGGUUCAGAUGAAGCUGCACUUGACGAGUGGAACAGAUACAUAAGUGAGAGGCGCAGACUAAGCUCGGCUCAAGUCGAAAACAACGACCGUAUGAUGAGACGUCAAAUCGAAGACCUGCAGCACAGACUCGAGAAUGGGCUGUUGCUUCCUCUGGACGAUCAGAAAGAGCACAGCCGCUACAGAAAGCGUGUAUCUGCACGUAGAGUGAGCGCAAACACGGGAUCGCGCUUGGCUAGCAUUCCCCAGUUGGAUGGUGAAAUGGAGGAAGAGGACGAGGAUGCCAUCAACUCGGACCUUGAUUCGUCGAGCGACGAAGCCGGCAACAACGCUGACGAGGAGGAUGAGGAAAUUGACCAUGUUCUUUGCACGUACGACAAAGUGCAGCGUGUCAAGAACAAGUGGAAGUGCACUCUGAAGGAUGGUAUCAUGUCUGCUAACGGCAAGGAGUAA